CAAACCACCCACUUAUUUAGGAGUCACGAGAGUGUGAAGUUUAUUGUUAAUGAGUCGAAGGUAAAAUGUGGUGGAGGAAGCGACAAAGAUGAAGCCACGGAAAACGGUUUCUGAUACCAAACACGCGUUUGGCCUCUUGUUUUGUCAGACUGCUUCGGCACGCAGACUGUGACUGCCUGCUAGCCUAGCUAGCGAGCUAACUAAGGCGCUACAUAUCUGAGCUAGCGCGCUAAGGCUAAGUACUCUCUUUGCUUGGGUGAAGUGGAUCAGACGAGGGGCUGGGCUCCCGCUGUAGUUCUGGGUUAGAUCCGCUGGAUUUAGUCCUGUGAGUGGAACCGCCGGCGUGCGAACUCAUAUGCUAGCAUCCAGCUAGCCCGGUGUGUCCCGUCAGUUAACCGACACUUUUGUUUUUUAAUGUUGUUUUGUCGAUGCAGAUCCAGGUGGGAGUGGAUGCUGUCACCGGUACGACCUUUAGGACACGGACCGGUACUGUGACGCCUGGUUCAUAGCACUCUCCGGACGUGUGGAACAUGCAGGGCAAGACCAGGAUUCAGAUCAGCUGAUAGGAGACGUCGGACACAACCGAGUUACAGGACUUCGAACUUAACUGGCACCGACCCGGGACUGAAUUUGGAUCGAGAAAGCGAAGAUGAAGAAGUUUUCUCGGAUGCCAAAGUCUGAAAGCGGUGGGCUCGGGGGGACCUCUGGGUCCGGCUCAGGAGUGAGCAGCUACUUCGGCAAAGUGUUUGCAGUGGGUCGAUACCAGGUCACUGUGGAAGAACUGAUCGCAGAGGGAGGCUUCUCAGUGGUGUUUCUGGCACGUACACACAGCGGUGUCCGCUGUGCUCUUAAAAGGAUGUAUGUCAACAAUGUCCCAGACCUCACUGUCUACAAGAGGGAGAUCACUAUCAUGAAGGAGCUGUCUGGCCAUAAAAAUAUUGUUGGCUACCUGGAUUCUACCAUCAAUGCAGUGUCAGACAGCAUCUGGGAGGUCCUCAUCCUCAUGGAGUAUUGUAAGGUACAGAGUGGUGAGCAGAUGAACCAGCGGCUGAAUGUGGGAUUCAGCGGUGAGGUCCUUCACAUCUUCUGUGACACCCUGUGGGCUGUGGCCCGCCUGCAUCAGUGCAAGACCCCGGUCAUCCACCGGGACCUAAAGGUUGAAAACAUCCUGUUGAACGACCAGGGCCAUUACGUGCUGUGUGACUUUGGUAGCGCCACUCAUAAAGUUUUGCAGCCACAUAAAGACGGCGUGACUGCUGUGGAGGACGAGAUCAAGAAGUACACGACCCUCUCGUACCGGGCUCCAGAGAUGAUUAACUUGUACGCAGGAAAAGCCAUCACCACUAAGGCUGAUAUAUGGGCACUUGGAUGCUUGUUGUACAAGCUGUGUUUCUUCACGCUUCCAUUUGGGGAGAGUCAAGUUGCCAUAUGUGAUGGAAACUUUAUUGUUCCAGAUAACUCCAAAUUCUCCUUCAAGUUGCACUGCUUAAUCAGAUAUAUGCUCGAACCCGACCAGGAGAAGAGACCAGACAUUUACCAAGUGUCCUAUUUUGCCUUCAAGCUGGCAGGAAGAGACUGUCCGGUGCCAAACCUCUUUAAGUCUCCCAUCCCGACAUCGCUGCCAGAGCCACUAACGGCCAGUGAGGUCGCUGCGAAGAAGAACGUGACGAAAGCCAGGAUAACGGAUUCUGUGGGCCCAACUGAAACAUCGAUAGCUCCAAGACAACGACCGAAGGCAGCAAACAGCAGUGUCCUGCCCCUUGCCAACACUGUCACCCCUGUCAAGAUGACUGUGCCUUCAGCGCCUGUCAGCAAUGGCCAGAAAGCUCCCACGCCGGGUUUGCGCCGCCAGCCCUGCAGGCCUCAGACCAACAGCCAGCAGCACAGAGUCCUGCAACAGCUGCAGCCUGGCGACCUCCGUCUGCAGCAGCUUCACCAACAGCACCACCAACAGCAACAAGCAUCCCAGCAACAGCAACUCCAAUACCUCCAGUACCAGCAGGCUGUGCAGCAGUCCCUCCAGCUGCAGCAGCAGCAGUUGAUGAUGCAGCCGAUGUACCAGCAGCAGGUUGCUCAGGCUCAGUACGCAGCCAUGCUGCACCAGUACCAACAGGCUUUUGUCCAGCAGCAGCAUCAUCAAACACAACAGCACCACCCCGCUCAGCAGCCUCCCCCCUAUCUGUCCUCCCCUCUUGAGUUCCAGAUUUCCCUGGGUUCCUACAGCGUUGCCACGCCUGGCCCUGCAACCGGAGCCGGUCAGAUUGGAGGCCCGUCUCCUGUGGAUCCCUCAUACGCCAACCCAAGUAGACACCCUUUGUUUGCCACAGACGCCAGCGCGUCGUCUCAGAGCUGCAACAGGGCCAUCAGCAACCCCCCCGACAUGUCAGGCUGGAACCCCUUUGGCGAGGACAACUUCUCUAAAAUGACGGAGGAGGAGCUGAUCAACCGGGAGUUUGACCUGCUCAGAACAAAAAAGCCGGUGGAAAGAGCAUCCAGUGUGGAAACAGACAGAGUGCCGCCUGCCACCGCCCCUGCCAAGCCCCUCCCACCAGAGGACCUGUUCGGCUCAGCCCCAUUUGUGGCCAGCGCAGGUACUGAUGUGAUCGAGCCAAAUCAGGCUGAGGAAGCCGGCGUCCCUGUCCCUGUGACUGUCUCGACCACUGUUGAGGUACUGCAGCGAGCAGCAGCCAAGGAGCCCAAGCAAGGCAAAAAGAACUCCAUGGCUCAACAAAGUUGCAGAUCAGGUGAGGAGUCCGACAGCGACUUUGAGUCCGAUCCUCCUUCUCCAAAAAGCAGUGAGGACGAGGAGCCUGAUGAGGAUGAAGCCCUGAACAGUGAGCACGGUGAGUUCAAUGAUGAUACAGAACCAGAGAAUUUGGGACAGCAUCCUCUUUUGAUGGACUCUGAGGAAGAGGGUGAGUUGGAGGAUGACAAGCACAGCUCGGACUCUGAUGAUGACCCAGCCAGGGUCAGGAGCCGUGCAAAGAAACCUACUACAGUCCACAAACAAGCUGCUGCAACCACCAGGAGUCCUCACAGUAACUCUGGGAUGACUCCAAUCACGCCUCCUGAGUCACCUAGUGCAGCGGCGGCAUUGGCUCCAGCUGUAGAUGUCUUUGGUGCCAUUCCCUUUGUUGGAGGAACCUCUCCCACCAGACUGUCAGAAAACACAGACAUCUUUGCCAAAGCGCCUUUCAGGCAAGUCAGUCAGGAGCAUCAAACCACAGAAGAGUUUGAUGUUUUUACCAAAGCUCCAUUUAGUCGGAAUUUGUCCAAAUCCAGCAAGAGUGGCAGCGACAUUCCGAUGGGUCAAACUCCACCAAUUUCCCCCGAAGGUAUCGACAUAUUCGGCUUCUCUCCCUUCCAGCCGGUCCCCACAGUGCCACCUCCCACCACAUCGAGAAGUGCAGAAGAUAUCUUCCAGCCCUCCUUUGAGGACUCGACCAGCCCUCAACAACAGAGGCUGAAGCAGCGCAGCCUCCAGAAGCUGUCAUCGCGCCAGAGAAAAACCAAGCAGGAUGCCUCUGCAGGUGGUGGCAACGGCAAGCGACAUCAUGGUACGCCAACUGGAGGACGCAAAUCCAAUAAACCCACCUUCCGCACCCCUGAGCGAGUGCGCCGACACAAGAAGGUUGGUCGAAGAGACUCGCAGAGCAGCAAUGAGUUUCUAAGCACCUCUGACUCUAAAGAGAACAUCAGCGUCGAUAUAACGAUGGCUGAAGGCAAGGACAACAGCACGCCUCUGCCAGGAGACGAGGCUCACUUAGACCCGUUUGGUGCCAAACCCUUCCAUCCUCAGGACGGCAGCAGACAUGGCCAGUGCCAGGUCGACAUGGGCACAGCCAACGGCAGGUCCUGGGCCGGCUCAAUUCACGGUGCAUUUGGAGACAGCCGAAUCAUGGAUGAUUUUGGAGCAGUGCCCUUCACAGAACUGGUUAUUCACGGUGGACCCCAACAGCAGCAGACGCCACAGUCUCAACCGGUGGAGCUCGACCCGUUCGGUGCUGCACCUUUCCCUUCAAAGCAGUGACUUUUCUGGUGUCUUCCUGAUGUGAACCCGUGAGAUAAACCGCAGAUUGUUGGUUUGGGAGCAUCUUGAACCACUCAAAUGGCAAGCUAACAAUGUGCUAAUCUUUUUUUUUUUUUUUUUUUUUUUUUUUUUUUUUUUUUAGAACACUGUCCAACAUUAGUUUAAAGAACCACAAACCCUUUGGCAUAUGUGAUAUUUUUAGGUGACAUUCUUCGACUGUCCCUAUUUGCUCAGAAGCCUUUUUAUGCUGCAUCAAGACAUUUGAAUAGUGAUUGUACUGUGAUUUUUGAAAAGCUUCGACUCGCUGCAAGAUGAUUUUUUUUCGACCUCCCGCCUUUGAUCUACCAGUUUUUCAAGCACCACAAAGCCUUACCUGAGCUUGGCGCUGCCUUGCUGCGAAGUACCUCGGGAGCAAUGACACAUACGGCCAUUUUUGUGUCUGUGAAAUCGUUUGGGGUUUGUUUUUUUCCUGCCUUCUUUAACCACUUUGUUGGAUGUUUCUCUCUAUGCAUAUUACGUAUGGCUAAGAUUGGUGUGCUGCAUUCUGACUACCAGAAGGGAUUCAUUGUUCUUCAAAAUGAUGAGUCUAAACUCUUUAACAGUUUCUUUUUGUCUAGCAUUAAAUUUUUUUGUAAAUAUUG